UUGACAACUACAAUCAUCUAAAACAGCAUGGCGGACAUAUGGCCAGAGGUGGCAACUGCGAAAGAAGAAAACAGACGAGAACUCAACCUCCAUGGCUCAGAAAUAAGUGAAAGGAUAGAGAAAAGAGGAUUUGAUAAGCAUGUGUUCGAUCUGGUUGGCUUGAAUUAUCUAGACGUACGGAAAACAUGUCUUGCGGAAUUGUCAGUUUCUGUUUCGAAGUUGGUGAACCUCAACACCCUGAUAUUGCACAACAACAGACUAACAUGUCUUCCGGAAACUGUAGGGGAUUUGAAGAAAUUGAAACUGUUGGACGUGUCCUCCAAUAAAAUAGAAUCGUUUCCAAAACUUGAUGGCCUAACUGAACUACAGUCUUUGAACGCUAGUGGUAACCAGUUAUCGGAAUUCCCAGAUGUGUCUUGUCUCACGAAUCUACACAUCCUUAACCUCUCGCAUAAUGAGUUACAAUCACUGCCGGACGGGAUCGGAGAUGAUAAGUUGGAGUACCUGGCGCAAAUCAUGGCAGAUAACAAUGCCAUCACUCAGGUUCCAGCUGACUUAGCAAACCUAGUUCGCUUGCAUACUCUUGAUUUGUCGUUCAACAAAAUUACAGAACUUCCGCCAGAGUUAAGUGACUGUCAGAAGUUGAAAGAAUUUAAUGUCAAAGGAAAUAAAUUCAAAGACAGGAAACUAACUAAACUGGUGGAACAGAGUCAUGGGAAAUCAGUGCUCAAUUUCCUUGGUGUUCAACUUCAGAAAGUACGGGAAAGUGAGAUGAAAGAAAAGGGAGGGAAAGAUAAGAAGAAGAAGAAAAAGAAAGGAGUGUCAAAAGACGAAGUUGAAGAACUGGCAAAAGAUCUGAUUGAUGUUCUCCAUUUCCCUGUGGAAACUGGCAUUACUGUACAAGUAAAACCUGCAGUCAUCUCAGUUCGUCCAUAUUUUGUCAGCUGUAUCGUCCGAAAUCUAAAUUUCAAGAAGUCUGUUAAUAUGUUCAAGAGGUUCAUCACCCUUCAGACAAAGCUUCACGACACAAUCUGCAAUAAGAGACACACUGCCACCAUUGCUACACAUGACCUCAAACUUGUGAAACCAGUGCUUGUGUAUGAUGCACGCUUCCCACACGACAUCAAGGUUGUGCCCCUGUUCAAGUCUGCUGAGGUCACAGCUGCAACAUUGGUUGCUCAGCUGCGCAAAGAAGCUGAUGAUCUCAGGAAGGAGAAAAAACGGAACACGUACAGUGGCAUCCACAAAUACCUGGAUCUGUUGAAGGAUAAAGUGCAGUACCCAUGCCUGCUGGAUGGAGAUGGUCAUGUGAUCUCAUUCCCACCAAUCACGAACAGUGACAAGACCAAAAUCUCCAAGGAGACGACAGACAUUCUGGUGGAGGUGACCAGUACUUCAUCCCUGGAUGUGUGCAAGAAGGUGGCUGAUGAACUGCUGAGGGAGAUGUUGCUGAUGGGGGUGGGGACGCCCCAGGAGGAUGUUACAAAGGGGGAUGACACGAAGGAGGAUGAUACGGUUGUUUACAGCAGAGAAGGGGAUGCUGGUGCCAUUCAGAAGCUUGUUGUGGAGCAGGUCCGGGUCAUCGAUCAUGAAGGGACCUUGAAGGUUGUGUAUCCAUCUCGUACAGACUUGCCACUAGACAUCUAUGAAGUCAACCGAGAGUGACAUUGUCAUCCAUGGUGUUGGAAACACAUAUCUGUUUCGAAAACUGCAGCCUUAAUGUCUUGGCUUGUAGAAAGUACUAAUUAAACCUGCCUGUCCUAAAACAAAAAUGACCAGUUACCAGGAGACUGAAACUCUUGGGCCUAGAUUUUCGAAGCCCCCUUAGAGCUAAGAUAGUCGUAAGUUAAUGUUAAUGUAUUACACUUACGACUAUCUUAGCGCUAAGAGAGCUUAAAAAAUCUAGGCCCUGGUUUGCAGAAAGUACUAAUAAAGCCUGGUAGACUUAAAAUAUAAACUGUCUAAUGCCAGAAAACUUAAGCUCUUUGCUUGUAGAAAGUACAAGUGAUAUGUACAAAAACAAUAAAAAGACGUUCAGGCUGAAA